UGUUUGUACCCCAUGUAUCUCACAGCCACUCCGUUCUGUCGAAUGGUUGUUCUUUCUUCAUCACUUUAAAUUUGGUUCCUUUCAGAAAACAUAGGGUGGGUGACAAACAUGGGGAAAUCUCAUUUCAUUGCUGCAUUUGUGUCAUUCUAUGCAUUGUUUUCAAUGUUUUCAUGCAAAUCCAUGGCAGAAGCUGAUGACCAGAAUCGCAAGGUUCACAUCGUUUACUUGGGAGAAACUCAACACGAAGAUAGUAAACUGACAACUGAGACUCACCAUGAAUUACUGGCCACUGUAUUGGGAAGCAAGGAGAAGUCGUGGGAAUCAAUGGUGUACAGCUAUAGGCAUGGCUUUUCUGGGUUUGCAGCCAAGCUUACCAAUUCUCAGGCUCAAAAGCUAGCUGGUAAAAUAUAUUAAUGUAUAUAAAAACCUAAUGAAUUAAUUUGAGAAUAAACUUUCAAAAGAUUUCUAUUUAGUCCCUCUGUCUAAACUCUUGUCCCUAUAUUUAAAACGAUUUGGUAGAUUUCUUAUGUACUUUUAAGAUCAUAUUGUUCAUCUAAUUCUCUGUUUUUCAAAAA